AUGGUUGACAGAACUUCCGCAGGAAGCUACUUAAAGGAUAUGAAGGCUUAUGGUGCAGCUGGUCAAGCUUACAUGAACUGGGCUGCUAAAGUGGCUGUUGGAUUAGACACUGGAGUUCCAUGGGUUAUGUGCAAGGAAGAUGAUGCUCCUCAUCCUGUGAUAAAUGCAUGUAAUGGCUUCUACUGUGAUGAUCUUACUCCCAACAAGCCUUACAAGCCUGCACUAUGGACUGAGGCUUGGACUGGCUGGUAA